AUGGACCAAGUACAAGCCAUCGUCGAGCCGGCCAAGCAGUUCGCCAAGGAUUCGAUUAGGCUGGUCAAGAAAUGCACAAAGCCCGAUAGGAAAGAAUACCAGAAGAUCGCCAUUGCCACAGCUAUUGGGUUCGCCAUCAUGGGCUUCAUUGGCUUCUUCGUCAAGCUCAUCCACAUCCCCAUCAACAACAUCAUCGUCGGCGCC